AUGAGAGGAGCUCUCUCCUCUCUCCUCGAGAUCUCGCUUUGGCUAGGGGAACGACUGCUGCAAAUCUGCUCCAUCAUCUUCGCCGCCAGCUUGAGGAACCAGAAACUUGGUGGAGAUAGAGGGUUUUCCAAGCCGGGAAAUUCCGACAGAUUGGGUAUCAACCAAUCCAAAAGAUGUUUGAUGAGGUCCUUGGCCAGAGAGGCUGCUCCCAGGGCCUGGAGUCGGGCGAAAUAUCCCCGACGAAGGAAAAGAUCGGCGGAAAUGGUCUUUGCCGAUGUCCAAGUUGAAGAAGAGCACCCGACCAAAAGGAGGUGGGCCGAGCCACGGAGGUUAUGGCGAUUCCGAAUUCCGAGUCCGACGGAAUUCGAUCUUGAAGAUUCAGAGGCCUCGACGGUCGCGGAAAUAGAAAUUGAAAGACCUUUGGGUCAUGAUCGAACCCACAAGCGAUUCAGCACCGCUGGGCCUUUCGGGGUAGGGAUUGCACUCAUCUCACCAGAGCUAGUGAAAUCUAAGCGUAGCGCUCCUGGUUGCAGUGUUGAAUCAGAAGUAAUCUGUGGUGAAGGUGUGGAUCAAGGGGACCCCUUCGGGGAGGGAUACUGCGCAAUUCAGCAGGUCAAUUCGAAAGUGGAUCUCAAUUCCACAAAACCCAGCUUGAAUGUCGCUGAUUUGGAAGGGUUUAGCCAAUUGGACGGUGCCGCCAGUGAUUGCAUGCGGAGGGAAACUCGGGUGCGUAAGGCGGAAACGGAGAAUCCUUCUGGAGCUUUUUUCGCGGUGGUGGGCGGGAUUAGCGGAGGUCUGAUCCAAUCUUGGGAGAUCAAACCGAAUGUCCUUCCAAGGACUCCUAAUCCUAAACCAAAUCGAUUUCUAAGUAAAAAUCGGAGCAGGGGAAUCUCCCUCUUGCUGGAGAACUCGGAGUCUUUUUCUUUUAAAUUGACUUCUCCCCCUGCUUUCCCAAUUCGGUGUAUUGCUUGGGUUUCUGGAUUUACUAGCGCGGACGGAAGAAAAAGCUCCCACCGACUGCUCUGGUUUCCAAGACAACAUCAGGGUAAAGUUUCUUUGGGCGAAACCCAUUCAUCUUCUUAUGGUUUGCGAGUUCUACUCACCCCUGCUUUGACGAGUAAUUGUGUCACUGUGCCGAGCGAUGCAACGAGGAAGCUCCCUCUCCCUGGAUCGCCGGUAGGUCCGGCGACAACGAAGAGCUCUCUGCCCCCAACGGUUUCGACUGCCGGUGCUCUGCUUGCGAAGUCGAGCAGCCGAGGGAGACAAAGUUCGAGCCAGCAGCCAUUACCUAGUGUUGGGCCGGCCUGGAGUGGCCUAGGUUCUCCAAAGCAAUUUGGGCUUGACCCACUAAGGAGGCAAAUAAACCUAGGGAAGCAGGGUAGCGACCAAGGGGCUUUGGGCCCGGUGGGCUUGCCCGACUCCAUGGAGAGUGUUGGGCCGGGGUCGGAUUUCGGGCUCCUCAAGAAGGCUGGGGCCGGGCCUGCUGGCAGGUUCAGCUCCUUGGGAAUAGUUGGGCCAUAG